AGUCUAUCGAUAUAUUAUUCUCAUAGCUAAGCAAAGUCAAGUCAGUCGCAGAGUUUGGUAGUUGAGAACAAGCAGAUGUACGAUCGAAACGAUAAAAAUCCUGAUCAUAUUAGCCAGCAUCGUAAAGAGAUAUUAAGAAGAUGAGUGAAACGGCAAUAACAAAAUGCAGAAUUUUGGUCGUACAUACCGAAAAUGAUGUAUGGGGAGAUGUAACAGAUGCAUAUAAUAAGGAGAUGAGCGAUUUGAUAGAUUAUAUUAAAAAUACAAUGACGCAAAAAUUUGAAAUAACUGGAACAUUCCUACAAUUUAAUGAUUCUGACAUGAUACAACAAAUAAUACGUUUUUGGAGCGAUGAAAAUAUUGAUACUAUUUUUAUUAUUGGUUAUCCAUAUUUUUCUAAUAAAUAUAAGAAUAUGAUUGUGAAUAUAUAUAAUAAAUAUACGAAUAAGAUUACAAAAAAGGUUGAAAAAGUGAUCCCUAAACAAAUUAAGAAAAGACACGCAUAUAUAUUAAAGGAAGUACAAGCGAAAUUAGAACCCAAGUUUCAUCGAAGUAUAUGUGGAAUCCUAAAAAAAACGCUAAUCAUUAAUUUGUUUGGCUUCAAUAAAAACGAAGCAAUAACAUGUCUUGAUGUAAUUGUAAAAAUAAUACAUGGUAAAUAUAUAAUACGAUUAACACGUGAGAAAAAUGAAGAGAAAAAUGAAGCUACUACAUCUUCUUCAUAUAAUACAUAUCAGGUAGAGGAAGAUAAAAUCAAAGACCAUGAAGAAUCAGAGGAGGAAGAUGCUAAGUCGGAUGACAUGCAUGAAUUUGUUUCUCUUCUACCUCCAUCUACAACGAAAGGAAACGACAUGAAUAAAAAGAAACGCCGAUUUUUUCUUUUUCCUGGCAAAUUGAUGGAAAUGAUGCAUGUUGCGAGUGAAGUCACUGCUGGCGCGAAAUCAUUUUCGUCUGAGACAUUUAAAACUGAGAAGUAUCCCAUGACUGCUGUAGAAGAUGCAUUGUUGAAAAUACAACAAAAUGUAAAGUACGAUAUUCACGAACCAUUAUGUGAUUUUAUAAGGACAAAUUAUGCUUAUGGCAGAAUAUUGGCCGACCAUGUAUAUUCCGAUUACGAUGUGCCAGCAUUUAGAUGUGCCACUAAACAUGGAUACGCAGUAUUGGCAAGUGAUGGUGAAGGUAGAAGGAUAAUAGUGAGCAGAACUACAUCCGAUCCAGUGUCUCUCAUACCUGGGACAUGCAUAUAUGUGAAGAGCGGAGCGCGUGUUCCUGACGAAGCAACAGCGGUUGUACCAAUUAAGGAUGUAAUGAUAAUAAAUGAUUACGCGGACAAUUUAAUUCUGAUAAAAAUUAAACCAGAAUUCGAGCAGAAUAUUAAAGAUAUCGGUAGCGAUAUACGGAAAGGGAAACUAAUUAUAUACCCAUUUACACGUAUUGGUCCAGCGGAAUUAGGAUUAUUGGCGGCUACGGGUCGUAAAGAAGUUCGAGUCCUUAAACUUGUUUCCAUAGGUAUAUUGUCAAUUGGAGAUUUAUUAGAGGAACCUACAGAGCCUUUGAGAUCGGGAUAUGUUUACGAUAGUAACAGAAUAAGCCUAAUCGCACUAUUAAAAGAUCAAGGUUUUAAUUCGAUAGUGGAUUUCGGAAUUGUGACUGAUGAUAUACUACCUAUAAAGAUGAAAAUCAAAAACGCUUUAAAGCAAGUGGUCGUACUCGUGACAAUAGGCUGCUCGAACGAUAAUGAUCUAUUGAAGUUCAUUUUAAAGAAUGACUUUGAUGCCACUAUACAUUUUGGAAACGUAUUUUUGAAACCGGGAAAGUCGACAACGUUCGCAACAUGCAUGUUUAACGACAAACUGAAGUAUCUUGUAUGUCUACCAAAAAAUCCGGUGUCUGCUUCCGUUUCCGCGCAUCUGUUUCUCUUACCUAUUUUAAACAAGUUGCACCACAUAGGGAUGCCUUGCAAAAUUCCAGCUCGUAUACACGAUCGGUAUAUCUUGCAUUCGCGUCCUAGAGCGGCAUGGGCGACUUUAAAAUGGAAUGAGGAGGACAAUUUCGCGAGAGCUUUUAACAGGGAAAAUCUCGACAGUGAUAAGCCAUCUAGCAGUCAAGCCGCUAAUGCGCUCUUACUGUUCCCGCAGCAAACAAUGGAUCUGAAAGUGAUGUAUGAGUCAUUUGUACCUGCGUGUCCAAUCAAAUAAUUAAACGUUAAUAAGAUUUUCUAAUCGACUAUCAUCAAUAGCAUUUUAUGACGACAAUAGUAUUUUAUGAAACAAUUAUGUACAUAAUUAUAUAUAUAUUCGAUUACGUAUAUACUAUAUGUAUGUAUGUAUAUAUGUAUAAGGUGUCCCGUAAUAACUAUCAAAAAUCGGAAAAUGGCACAGGAAUUUUCUAUUCAAUUUAACACGUUCCACCUAUACACGAGAGGUGAUAAGAUUA